CAGCUUUAGACGUGGCACUGUGUGACGUCAUCAGCGCGCGGCCGUGUUCCACUGUUGUUUUCUCGCACUUCUUCUGCUCCUGUUUAAAAACUUACACUCCGUUUAAUCGCGUCAGGACAGAGAGAAGAUGAUGGAAGAGAGCGGCAUAGAGAGCACCCCGCCGGGCACCCCUCCACCCCCCCCGACAGCGGCCGCCGGCCCCCCGCCACUCUCCAGCGGUGUUUCCGGCCCUCCGACCAUCUCAAGCCCCUCCAGCAUCUCAGCGUUUGCCCCGGGGGGGUUCACCAGCCCUGUUCCCUCCAGCAACUCAGCGUUUGCCCCGGGGGGGUUCACCAGCCCUGUUCCCUCCAGCAACUCAGCGUUUGCCCCGGGGGGGUUCUCCAGCCCUGCUCCCUCCAGCAACUCAGCGUUUGCCCCGGGGGGGUUCUCCAGCACUGUUCCCUCCUCGCUGCCCCCCCCGCCUCUCUCUCUCGGCUCGGUGUCGUCUCCUCUGGGUCUGAGCGGCCCGUACGCCGGCCCCGGUGCCCCCUUCACCCCCCCGUCUGCCAGCCCUGCCACCCAUCUGGGCCCCAUCCUCUCUGCCCCCCCCAUGGGCCCGCCCACCACCGGCUUCUCUGUGAGCGCAGGAUAUGACAUCACCCGGGGCCAUGCUGGCCGCACCCCCCAGACGCCGCUGAUGCCCAGUUUCUCCAGUGCCGCACCCAUGCCAGGGAUUGUUACCAAUCCCAUGAUGCAGCAGCCGGUGUCUGGAGGGUUGGACGUGAGCUCGCCCAUCACGUUUCCUGAGGACACUGAAGAUCCCCGAGUGACUCCGGACGGCAACGCACCUGGUGGAUUAUGGGGCUUCAUCAAGGGUGUAGCUGGGAACCCGAUGGUCAAGACUGUCCUGGAUAAAACCAAACACUCUGUGGAAUCCAUGAUAACCACAUUGGACCCUGGGAUGGCACCUUACAUCAAGUCUGGAGGAGACGUGGACAUCGUUGUGACGUCAGAUAAGGAAGUGAAGGUGGCAGCGGUGCGCGACGCCUUCCAGGAGGUGUUUGGUUUGGCCAUGGUGACGGGAGAGGCGGGUCAGUCCAACAUCGCCCCGCAGCCGGUGGGAUACGCCGCAGGGCUCAAGGGAGCUCAGGAGCGCAUUGACAGUCUGCGUCGCGCGGCUGUCAUUCAUGAGAAGCAGCCCGUAGUCUCGGUGGAGAACUUCAUAGCUGAACUCUUUCCAGACAAGUGGUUUGACAUCGGCUGUCUGAUCUUGGAUGAUCCUGGGAAUGGGAUUCACAUUGAGACGUUCACUCAGGCUACACCGGUGGCCCUGCAGCACGUACAGCAGGCACAGUCCCUGACUCCUCCUGACUAUAACCUGCGCUGGUCCGGUCUGCUAGUGACGGUGGGGGAAGUUCUGGAGAGAAGUGUGCCCAACGUGAGCCGCACAGACUGGCACCAGGCCUUCACCGGGACGUCCCGCCGGCAGAUGAUCUACUCUGCUGCCAGGGCUCUGGCUGGCAUGUACAAGCUGCGUUUGCCCUCCAGGACAGUGUGAACAUCAGAUGCCGCCGCGUCACACGGACCGCAGAUUCCCAGAACAGCGCAGGAAUCACCUUUCCAUCUGUAGGUGUCCUGUGUUCUCCGUCAUGUGCCAUCACACGCCUGAGCUGACUCACAUUACCCAGAGAGAGAGAACCUUUCCAUCAGCUGCGCUUCUGCAUCAGGUCUGAAUAAACCAGCCACAGGGCAGAGAAACUAGUGUCGCGCUUUUAAAUUAUUGAUUCAGUUGAAUAUUGUGCCCUUGAUUAUACUUGAGUUUGAUAUGAAUAAAUGACGGCGUCCCAGUCUGUAUGUUGGAAAUA